GAUUAAAUUCCAUAUAUUUUCAUUUUUUAUUAACUUCUGAUAUUUAUUUAUUAUUCGUAAACAUUGCAUUAUUAGAGAAGGAAGUUCUACAUAAAUUAUUAGAAAAAUAUUAAAAUAACAUUUUGAUUGUAUUACAAAUAGUAUAAAGGCACAGGUACAACAUCUAGAUAGGUGAAACCUAAAAUGAGUGAAAGAAAUCUAAAAGCUGUUCGUAACAGAUAUAACCCUUUAAAAAAGUGGAGUCGUAGUGAAGAAAUAUCUUUAAUCAACUAUAUAAAACAAAAUCCCGAUUUUGAGAAACCAACUGGAAGAAUUUAUUACACAAAAUUUUUAUCCACUACGCAAAUAGGUAUUGAUUGGAAACUCGUGCGAAGUAAAGUUCGCAACAUGCGUGUUACAUAUCGCAAAGCAAAAGAAUAUGAAAUUAAUAAAAAUUAUUUCAAUACUUCCGGUUUCAAUACUGUGAGAAAUAAAGUAUUAAAAAAAUGUUGGUUUGUAGAUCAUUUCGACGUUCUUUUUCCCAAUGAAAUCGAUAAUUAUAUCAAUAAAAAACCAGAAAAUACCAAAACAGAUAAAAGUUUUUCAGAUGAAGAGGAAAAAGAAGAAGAUGAACUAUCAUCAAAUUCUUCAUCUUCAAACAGCAUAGAUAAUAGACCCAUAUUAAGAGUGCAAAAGGAUAUGUGCAGUUUCAAACAAAAAAAGCGUAAGACAUACACUAGCAUAAAGGAACAAGAACUUGAGCUGGCACGAGAGAAAUUAGCUUUUGACAAAGAAAAAUUUCGUCAAGAACUUAGAAUAAAAGAAAUGGAGAUUGCAAGCCAAGAAAAAACAAUGUUAAUGGAGUUACAAAUGAAGGAGAGAAUAGCGACGAAAGAAUUGGAACUUAAGGAGAAAUUAGCAUUGGAUUCAUUGGAAAACGAGGAAUCUUCUUAUAAUAAUGAUUAUCAUAAUUUGACACAAUACUCAAGGUUCUAGGUACAUUAUUAGAUCGAUAUGUUAGAUAUUUUAAUACAUACAUUUAACAAUAUAUUUUAUUAAAAUAAAUUGAAACAAAAUUUGUACGUUUAGAUGGAAUUUAAAUGCAAUAGAAAAACAUGUUUGUCUAAACUUUGAAAAACGUCCUUCGAAGAACUAUUAAGAUCUUAAUAGUCCUAUUGUGGCAUUUACAGCUUUUCAUAUUCCGAUUAAAUCAAAAUUUCACAAAAUGACACGUUACCGUUUUCACUUGGAUGGAUGUCGAAGUAAAUUUUGCCAGUACCUAAAUUUUAUAAAAAAAAUAAAACAAAAAACUUAAAAACCAUAAAAAGCUUGGGGCUAUUAUUCUUUUGAAAUUAAUCCCAAUUUGUUACUGCUAUAUGGUUAAAGUUUCAUAUAAAUAUUAUAUAAAACAAAAAUAAACAAUA